AUGUCUUUACCACAACAGCAUUCAUCAGUCAUAAUUCCCAAAGAGCGACGCCGAUCAUUUAUGGAUUAUGGCGGGGUAAACUCUUUUAACAACUUUGCUUCAUCCUUUUCGCGAGCGCAACAGUACAGUGGUUCCUCUAUAAUGGAACAUUUUGAAGAUGGUCGUGCAGGAUCACUUCGACAGUAUUCGUUUCUGGCAUCUAAUUUCCCUGGAGAAGACACACCAAUUUCACCUUUAAAUGAAGAAGCAGUGGUUGACGAUGAAGUAUCGCGAAACGGAGGUUCAGACCGAAUCGAGUAUUUUCAGUUUCCCAACCCCGAUGAGAGCGAAGUAGGCGAUAGCGACAACUACUUGGCUGAUGAACUCACGCCUUUGGCUCCUACGAUAUCGAAGCAAAGUAGCCACAAGUCAUUUAUUUCACGGAUAGGCAGCUCCACUUCACCGCAGACCAUUUUCAAUUCAAUAAACACCUUGGUAGGGAUUGGGCUCUUGUCCAUUCCGUUUGGGUUUAGGUUGAGCGGUUGGAUAAUGGGCGUUUUCAUACUAUUAGGAUCAGCUUUGAGCACAAAUUUGACAGCAAAAUACCUCGGAAGGAUCUUGAAACACCAUCCUCAUUUAUUGACCUAUUCGGAUAUAUCAUUUGCUUAUGGUGGGAAGUUCUUUUCUAUCUUGGUCACAGUAUUCUUUGUGAUGGACUUGAUCGGUGCAGCAUUGACUUUGAUUUUACUAUUCACUGACUGUUUUGUAAUCAUUUGGCCCCAUGUAGUAGGAUUGAAAGUCAUCAUUGUUUCAAUUGUGUUUUUCACUAGUUUGUUACCGUUGAACAUACUUUCCAUAUUUAGCUUAGUGGGGAUAUUAGCCACGAUAGGAAUCAUUGUCGUUGUUGUUGUUUGCGGGUUUAUAAUUGAUAAAUCACCAGGAUCACUUUUGGAAUUUGCACCAACUGCGCUACUUCCGGCUAACGCCACGAGCUUGCUUUUCAGCUUGGGUAUAUUUAUGAUGCCAUGGGGAGGCCAUCCUGUAUUCCCUGAGUUGUAUCGUGAUAUGAGACACCCGCAAAAAUUCAGCCAUGCUAGCAAUAUCUCCUUCCUAGUCACCUUUAUGCUUGAUUUUGCAAUUGGGGCAACUGGCUACUUGAUGUACGGUUUGGAAGUCGAUGACUCAAUCAUCAAAAGUUUAAUGCAAAAUUCAAAUUAUCCUAGUUGGGUCAAUAAAGCAUUGUGUUUAAUUAUGGGAAUCUUACCCAUAAGCAAGCUUCCCUUAGUCACACGGCCAAUUAUUAGCUCUUAUGAAAACAUUUUGCAAAUUUCUCCUCAUUACUAUCAAAAGUCAAGCGCCAACAAAAUUGUUAGAGUUGUCGCAAGAUUUGUGUUUUGUUGCUUGUUGUUGUUGAUUGCUCUUUUAUUCACUUCCUUUGGUAAACUUAUGUCGUUUUUGGGAAGUGCCAUUUGCUACACCGUUUGCUUAACAUUACCAUUACUAUUCUAUUUAAAAUUGAACAAGCCUCAUAUUGGAAUAAUGGAGAGAACUUUGAUAAAAUUUGGCGUUAUCAUUUCGAUAUCGUGUGCUGUGUUGGGUACCUAUGCGUCUAUUGUCGCCGAAACGACAAAAUAG